UUGAUGAAAGUUUUCCAAAGCGUUUGCGGUUUGACAUCUGCAGAACCCGAUGUGCGGAUUUCCAUCCGGAUUGCAUCGCGCGCGGAGGCGGAUGAAUGGAAGGACGCAAGCGCGCCGUGUGAUCCGUCAACGUGCGCCUUUAAGACCGGCGGCGGGAGCCGCGAUUCUUCCCGAUCAGUUUGCCGUAGACCCGCAUCCGCAACUUUUCGACCGUAAGGUCGUGAUAGACGUGAUAAUUCUUUCGAUUUCUCAUACAACGAUCUUCGAGAAAUCGAUAACGAUACAUUUCCUCAACAUGCGUAUCGAGAAUCGAUCGAUGAAAAUGUUACGAACCUGUCGGUAGUGAAAAGCUCGGAUGUGAUUGUGACGAUCGAUCUUGAUUCUUGUAAUAUAGUGAUCCUACGACGUGUAUCUCGCUUUGAAGAAAGUACUUUCAAGAGAUGUGAAAUUUUAUGUAACGACAAUUAAUUUUGUUUGAUUUAUUAAUUUUUUUUUAUUUCGCGGCUGCGAGGAUUGAAAGCUGCUUUCGACACAGCCCGAGGAUCGAGAUAUUUCGUAUGCUUGUUGGAAGACUUUUCCGCUCACGUAGCCGAGUGGUAAAAUACGUAGAUCGGUGAACUCCCCUUCCUAACCCGAUCCAUCAGUGCUUUACUCUCGAGAGAGAGAAGAGACCGCAACGAUGAGGGUGAACGCGAUCGGUAUUACGUCGACGACAACGACAUCAACGUCGGAGGCGACCGCGACAUCGAGAAUUGAGGUCGCGACCAACAGUGUGCCAUCCUCGUCGAUCCCUUACAACGGCACUGUAAUGGAAAUGGACCUCAUGACCGACAUACUGUGGGAUUUUUAUGAAAAAUUCAACGGAGAGACUAACUACUUGCUGAUCAUCCUUUAUGUGCCAGUGAUGGCACUCGCAAUAACCGCCAACAUUCUUCUGAUCGCGGUGGUCUUCAAAUAUCAUUACAUGAGAAGUGUUACAAACUAUUUUGUGGUGAACCUUUCUGUCGCCGAUUUAUUGGUUACCAUUAUAUGUAUGCCGGUUGCUGUCAGCCAAGCGGUAUCGAUUGUAUGGAGUCAUGGUGAACUUAUGUGCAAACUUUCCUCUUAUCUUCAGGGUGUUGCCGUUGCUGCUUCGGUAUUCACCAUUAUGGCCAUGAGUAUUGACAGAUAUUUAGCCAUAAGGAGUCCCAUGGCGUUUCGCCGUGUAUUCAAUCGCAAGAGCACCGUACUCGUUAUCGUCGCCCUCUGGCUGGUGGCCUUAAGUAUCUUUGCUCCCGUUCUCAGAGGGACGACUCUUCACAAUCCAAGCAUGGAACUCCUCAACAUAACUUUCCACGGUUCCUGGGCGAUAAGAGGAAAUUCGCGCGAUAUCUCGCAAUUACCACCGGUUUUCUAUAUAUGCUCGGAGGAUUUCAGACCACUAGGCAUCAGAGCUCAUGUCUUCGGGGCUGCAUGCUUCGUCCUUGUUUACGCUAUUCCAGGUUUCGUCGUAAUACUAGCGUACUCGAUGAUGGGCCGCACCCUCUGCUCUAGGAAACCACCCUUUGACUGCGACAGCGUCGAGGGAAGCGCCAGCUCGCAGCAGAGCUUCAGACUGGUACGUGAGAGAAGGCGAAUCGCUUGGAUAUUGCUGCUCCUUGCCGUACUCUUCGCCCUAUGCUGGCUGCCGUAUAAUGUGCUCAGAUUGUUGGUCGAUUUCGGUGUUGUCGAAGAAGGGAGAUCGAUAACCGACGCACUCACGUACUGCCUGUUCCUGGGACACGCAAAUAGCGCCCUAAACCCCGUCAUCUACUGCUUCAUGACGCGCAAUUUUCGGCGCAGUGUUUCGGAGAUCCUGCGUCGCACUUCUCAUGGUCUUGCGCGUCGUAAACCUCGCCGUAAAAGCGCGAUGAUCGAUGACGGCUGCGGCGGAUGCAGUGUCCCGGCUGUCAACGGCGGCGCGAGGCGCGGUCUGUUGCAUCAGCGAAGAAUGCUCCCCGGAUGCGGUUGCGGCAUCCCCGUGCGCGGAAAUCGCAACGCCGUCCUGGCGUUAAGACGCACCGCGACGUCCAGCAGCGGCUACGACACCUUCUACAGCCGUCAUAGUCCGCACUUGCAUUGCUACAUGCUGAGGAGUAUCCGCGACGUACCGCGAGCACAGGCCAAUCCGCCGGAGAAUUCUGACGCCAGACGGGAUCAGCAGCAGGAAUACGACAAGAACAACGGGCUGGAGACCAGCCAACCCCGGCCGAGCACCCUGUGCACCACAGACGAGCGACGUCCUUGCCCUUGAAGCUGAAGAGUCUCGAAGACGUAAAGGAUCUUUGUGCGGCUACAUGUUUUUAUGUACGAUUUUUAUUCCUGUGCGAUGUGUGUCUACAAAUAUAUAUAUAUAUAAUAUUCAGAUAUACUUUGGCGGUUAAUACUGUGACGUAAUAUAUGAGAAUCACUUUUGUCAUUUUUUUAUUCCAUCGGGAAAUUUUAGUCUUGCGUUUUCAUCGCGCAUUGCCGAAUGUCACGAUGAUUCGUAAGAAACUUAACGUAAAUAAAUAGUAAAUAAAAAUCUCCUUCUCACACAGGUCCGAAGUUUCUCGGAUUGCCACUUGUAUCACGACGUUAAACGUGGUGCUCGAAAGAAAUUCAAUUUGCGAAAGUGGUUUAAUUUUAUAGAAAAUAUAUCUCUCUUAAAAAAUUUCUGUAUGUUCCGAUAGUUAUAGCUGCGAACACAAUAAACCGAAGGCUAUUAAACAUCAUACGUGCAACGAACGUGAAAUACGCUCUACCAUAUUUUGAUUGAGUUGGUUUUAUUUCUGUGAGUGACUGCAAUACGUUUGCAGGAUUACGAAUUGAGAUUUGAUGGGUCCAAACGGAACGAAAAUUAAUCAACUCCUCGCGACAGAUUUAUUUAUUAAUACAUUAAAAAAAAAUAGGAAUCAACGAAAUAUAAGGAAUCAUUCGAAAUUUAUAUUCAGCGUCCGAGAUUAAAAUGAAACAUGAAAAAAUCAGAGUUUGUGAUAUCUUAAACUUUGUAUCGAGAACUCGAAAACUACUGUCAAGUGAAAAAACACGCGGAUGGCUGUAUCCUAUAUCAUAGUUUCGACAAUUCGGUCCACGAGAUGUAUGUCUGACUAAGACGCAUUUUUUCUACUAGACGCGCGGAAUAUUUGUCUCGCUUAAGCCAUAAACAUGAAAUUAAACCUAUCUACGAUGCAUUUCGUGUAGAGCAUACGUGUAUGUGUUAAUAACGUUUUCGUUAAUAGCAUUAAUUAAUCAUAAGUCACUGUUAGCGUGAUUAUCGUAGGAACAUCACUAUUUGUCAUCAUCAGUGACAAUCAACUAUAAUUGUCCCUAAUAUUUGUCAGAAUAGAUUGACACGAUGGGAAACUGAAGGCACACUUCCGCAUAAACGUCAAAUCAAAUAUAAAUCAAAUAUAAAUUUCUCUUCAUGCGUAAACUCUCUAUGAGACUAGAUCCAAGGCAAGUGUUUUGUCAUAUUUUUUUAAUAACACGUGCCAGAAAUAUUUAGAUCAAGAAGAUAUAUAUCAACCGCAACCGAUGUAUCUUUCGCGUUUCAUCAUUUCUGAUGAUCGUUCCACUGACAAAUGAUUUUUUUUUUUACGAAUUGUAUGAUUGAUUUAUGAGAACGUGAUCGUUUGAUAUCGCGAGAACGUGCUUUUUUUAGUCGAUAAUGGCUGUUAGAAUAUUGUGCGAAAAAAAAUGGUGGGGAUUCAAAAGCCCCACGUACAUGCAUAUAAUAGAAUUGCUGAUAAAUGAUGCGAUGGGGCUAUUAAUUAAUCGACUUCCGAGCAUCGACGGGAGAAAAAUACGUUGCAAAAGUAGGAAGAAGAAGAACACAAGAAUAUAAUAAGAUGAUUCGAAACACGCCGGCGACUGUCUGGCGCUGGUUAUCGUUAAUGGAGAGACUACCACUUUAACAUUGAUCAAUUUUCGACGGGGUUAUUGAAGAAACUCGCCAAUAAUACACAUAGUGUGUACGCUCUGUAAAUAUUUGAUCGUCGCAAAUGAAUUUUCUUCAAGCGGCAUGAUAAAAAGGGACGUAUUUCAAUUAAGUAAUUUGGAAUUUUCGAUAAGUCAUAUAAAACGUUAAGAUUUCUUUCACGUGUGAGAAUCUUUGAUCUUUUGCCAAGCGAAGGUCAAUACGUCGAAGGAUUGCUAAAAUUGUAAUAGCCGAAAAUUGCGGGUUUAAAAUGCUGUAAAUUAUAUCUACGUGUAUUUUCAAUAAAAAAUAGCUAAAAA